AUGAAAGAUGUACCUUUUUUGUCUAAAGUCCCAAGAUCGAUCAAAUUUGGGAACGUAAAUGAUAAGCAUUCUUUACAUGUGUUUUGCGAUGCAAGUCAAUUUGCAUAUGCGACAGCAGUCUUUCUUCGUGUUGAAAAAGAAAACUCAGUGUACAUUCAACUUAUACAGGCUAGAGCAAGAAUUUCACCGUCUGGAAAAAGAAGAACUAGCAUUGCACGAUUGGAGCUUCUUGGUGACAUAAUCGCUGCACGACUUUUGUCAAGCAUACUAAAAGAUCUUCCAGUUAAAAAGGUUUACUGUUGGACUGGCUCAACGACUGUGCUCGUUUGUAUAAGAAGAGAAGAUUCGUGGCGCGUUUUCGUUCAUAAUAGAGUAAAAGAGGUAUUAGAUUUGACAUCUAAAGAAACCUGGAAAUAUGUUCCCGAUAUAAUGAAUCCAGCAGAUCUUCCUAGCAGAGGUUGCUCUGCACAACAUUUUGCGUCUUUGAAAUGA